UGCAACAACUCAGCGUGUGGGAAAGAUCUCGAUUUAUAUCCAAUUUCUUCACCUUUGUGUGUGUGUGUGUGUGUGUGUGAUAAGUUCUCGAUAACUUCAUUUAAAUCAUUUUGUAUAUCUUUAUCUAAAUGAUAGGUAUCGGAAGGUAUGAAGAAAUUGACAGUAGUUAUAUCAAAAUUCAUUGCUGAUACUGUGACCGCAAAGUGAGAACCGGCCUUUAACCGGAAUUAAUCGAACAGAUCGCACAAUACAUGUCGAGAGGAGAUAACAGUCUAUGGAAGAAAAUUAGAAAAAGGCGCGAGUUCGACAUAUUUAACAGCAUUUGGCAACAUUGUCGCGUGACAUUUGCAACUGGGUUCAGUGAAAAUGUUUGACUCUCUUUUCCAGUAUGCAAGAAGAAAUGACGAUGCGGAUUCACAUUGUUAGAAGAGUGUCGACAGAUUUUCUCUGAAACUUCGGAGUAUCUGUUCUGAUUCUGAUGAAUCGUAAUUUCGAGGUAUCCAAUACAUUUAUGUCACCGCUUGCGGCAGAAUUCGUAACAACGGUGUCUACUGCGAGUUUACCGAGCACCGCCUUUAGACAUAGAGAUAUACCGACUCGUCUCCGGUAGGAUACACUUGGUUUCUAUAAAAAAAAAUAUUGAUCGCCGCAAGAGCGAUAAAUAAUGUGCGACGAUGUUUGAUUUUCUCGAAUUACAUGAUGCAUCCAUUAACCCUUUGAGUUUGCAUGUAGUGGCGCAAAGAUCAGAAUAUGUUCUCACUGUGAUAGGUAGGUUAAAAUUGGCUUGAAAAAACGGGACCCUGUCUUUGUGUCCUCUGUCUGUUGUCUAAGAUGAGUGGGGAAAUGUAUGAAGGGAAAGAUUAUCCAACCCAAUGGGCCCUAAAUCCCUCUGCUUAUCAAAAUAUGAGUAAUGAUCAAGUAGAUUGGGCGGCUCUGGCACAGCAGUGGAUAAAAAUGAAAGAGACUAUUGUACCACCAGCGCCACCGCCACCUAUUAUCAAUCCUAUAUCUUCUACAAAUGAUGGUAGUGGCGAGGCACCAAUGGAUAUGGAUACCAAGGACGAUGAUGUACCUCCUGCACCACCUGCACCAACUAUAAGUGGAUCUGAAGCUUGGACUCAGUGGAACCAGUGGGGUCAUUGGAACGCUUCAACAUCUGGAUCAAACUGGGAGUGGAGUGGCGUACCUCCUCCUGGUGUUACUAUGGGUUCUGAUGGCAAACCAAUGGGAGUUCCAACAGUACCAGUUGUACCACCUGCACCGGUAAUAUCUACUACUGCUUAUAACAUACCUCCUUCUGCAGCACCAGCAUUGUACUCUUACAACUCAGUGCCGCCCUCACACCCAUACAGUCAGGUGACCAACUACUGGCCAGGAGAUCCACCUAAUGCAGUCCCGUCGCAACCGCUUCACUUUAUGAAAGGUAUUAGACAUCCAGCCAAAGCUCCUCAUAUGAGAGGAAUAGAUCCCAUUCCAUGUCGAGAUGACAGAGAAAAAACGCCAGAAGAAGACACUACAACAACAAUAGACGCCGCGAAACGAAGACAAUUACCGGCCUGGAUCCGGGAAGGACUGGAGAAGAUGGAAAAGGAGAAACAGAAAGCUGUGGAAAGAGAAAGGCUAGAAAUGUUGAGGAAACAAGAAUUGGAAGCUCGCAAACAAGCCGAGGACGAGGCGCGUGCGGUGCUUAAUCCUGGCAAGAGCAAAUUUGAUUCGGAUUCCGACAAAGAUAACGACCAGGACUUUGAUACAAGUAGUGUGCGCGGGCAACAAUCCGUGGAAAGAAGCUAUGACCGUACACCGGAUAUUGUUGUUCGACCGCGAAAGUCGCGAUUCAGAGAUGCCGAUUCGCCCGAAUCUCAUAAUACUGACGAAAGUCCAACUAGAGUCCCGGCUAAUGCGUUUCCGAUUGCAAAAAAAUUAUCUCAAGAAGAGAUCAUGGAGGAAGUGAUGUUAAAAGUGAGGAGAUCGUUGACGGAAAUACUUCUAGAUGUAACAAAUGAAGAAAUUACCGUGGUGUGCAAAGAUGUCUGGAAUCGCCAUCGUGCCAAAGUCCCUGCAGGAGAGAUCCCCGUCGCAUCCCUCAACAACACGGCCCCUCUUGCUCAGAUCACUCGCAAGCUUGGUCUGGGCAUCUAUGGCGAUAGUAACAGCGAGUCCGAGGAAGAGCAGAGCGAGAGCGCACAGGUUCAGAAUGACGACAGCGACGAGGAACUGAAGGAAACUCUGAGAAGGCGACAACAGGCGUUUCGCAAGACGGAAGAGGAGAUCGAGGCGCGGCUUGCCGAGGAAGAGGAGAAAGAAGAACAGCGUCACGAGGAGCAGUACAGUAAUAAGCAACAGGAAAAUCAUACCGGUAAUACUAGCUGCCGGGAGCCAGUUGAUGAAAAAGAAACGGUAAAUAAUCAAAGAGAAGCGUCCGAAACUUUGUCGAGCGGCGGACGAAGUCCACAGUCGACAACGCCUCAGAACGCGUCGACAGCAGCGAUCGACAGACAACAGGCGAAAGCCAGCAGCACUGUGUCAGGAUCGGCCGAUUCCGAGUCGAGCAGCAGUGAGUCUACAAGCAGCUCGUCCGAGUUGAGCCGCGAAUCCGUCGGCAAAAAAACCGACAAAACACGAUCGGGCAAGCAACGCGAGCAACGUUAUCAUCGACGACGAAAGUCCGAGAGCAAGUCACGAAGCGGCCGAAGAUCAAGAUCUAGAUCGUCUCGCUCGUCCGUCGAACGUGUUCGCAAGCGUCGGUCGCGCUCAAAGUCAGCUAAAACGCGUAGAAACUACCGUCGUUCGCGAUCUUCGCAUUCUUCUAGCGAUCGCAAAACCAGUAGGAAGAUACGUUCACGGUCGCGUGAUCGAAAACGUGCCAGAUCGCGUUCGCGUAGCUGUCGACGUUCCAGAUCAAGAUCUCCUGCCGGUAGGAAGUGGUCGCGAUCGCGCUCUCGCAGAAGAAAAUCUCGCUCCCAUUCCAGGGAUAAGCGUAAAAGCAGUCGGUCGUGUAGUAAGUCGUCACGGGGAACAAAACGAAGAGAUUCGCGAUCAAGAUCAGGCGACAGGGAGAGAUCAAGCAGUCGCUCGAGAAAUCGGAGACGAUCGAGAUCGUAUGUUUCCAGGAGGAGCAGCCGGCGACGAAACAGUCAGUCUAGAUCACGUGAUCGUAACAGAAAGUCUCGAUCCAAGUCGCGACAAUCGAACCAUCGCGAUGGUAAGAAGUCGUCACAUCGAUACAGGAAUUGAGUCUGAGCUGCUUCUAGCCAAAGCAUCUUCCACCUGCUCCCAAUUGGCUUCAACGUUUCACUAUGAUUCAGUUCGGACACUCAGUGUACGCCACAGUGUACAAAUAUCUUUACAAUUUAUGAAUAUAUCCCAAUCAAUAAAUUAUCUUA